AUGGUUUUUCCUAGCUAUAUUCUUGCAAAUGUUGUAGAUAAUAGUGAUUUGGUUAUGGAAAGAGGAUGGAGGGAGAUGGUACCAACAUGUCCUAGGUGUGGUUCAUCUAAUACAAAGUUUUGUUACUACAACAACUAUAGCCUUACACAACCUAGGUAUUUUUGCAAAGGUUGUAGAAGGUAUUGGACUAAAGGUGGGUCCCUACGGAACGUUCCCGUCGGCGGCGGUUGCCGGAAGAGCCGGAGAUCUCGGUCAUCGUCGUCCUCCCUAAGGCUAACUCCAUCCUCAAACCAUCAUCAUGGGAUCUCUUCUAGGAAUAACACCAUGUUUGGUAAUCAACAACAACAUCACCACCAUAAUAAUAAUAAUAAUAAUAAUAAUAAUAAUAAUAAUCAAGAUCACCUUGGUGGGCAUGGAAACAUCAACAACAACAACAACAACAACAUGGGUGAUUCUACCCCCUCGCCGAUGAACUCCGAGGCUCCUACGAUAGACCUCGCGGUUGUUUACGCCAACUUCUUGACCCAAAAACCCGAAAACAGUAACGAUGUACUCCCUAGUGGUGGUUACAACAAUAACAAUCCACCAUUAGUAGAGUUGUCAAGCAUACCGGAUGCUACUAUUAUUGCUCCUACUUCACAAGUUUUGUUACAAGUACAACUAGAACAUCCCAAUUUCUCCCAACCAAUUCCCAUUUUGCCAGAGUUAAUGAUGAACAACAACAACCAUCAUGAUCAUAAUAACAACAUUGAUCACCAAAAUCAAGUGGUGUUUGUCACGGAGUUUAGUAGAUCAAUUCAUCAUCAACAUGAUGAAUUAGGGUUGCCGCCGUUGCCCUGCGGAGACUCAUUGUUGUUACAAGAUCAUCAUCAUCAUCAACAACAACAAGGAAUUCCAUGGGAAGCUUCAAAUUUGAAUGAUCAUCAUCAUCAUCAUCACCAUCAUCAUAAUCAAGAUGAUAGUAAUAUAAAUGAUGAUUUGGAGUCAGAUUCACAAUUUUCCAACUUGUUUAAUAAUGGGAGUUGGAGUCCACUUGAUUUACCAGGUUUUGAAACUUCCUCUUCCUCUUCAAAGCUUUGAUUAAAGAAGCUAUCUAAUUGGGAUUAAUGAGCUUGCGAAUUUUGUUUGGUUUUCAUGCAUCGAUAAAUAUAGAAUUUUCAGUAUAUAUAUACUCGUAUAAUAUAAUUAUAAAUGUAUAGAAAGGUUAUUUAAUUUGUC